GUUACUUUCCUUCAGUUUACUCGAGUGCGCAAUGGAAGUUAAAGCAACUACACCGGUCCUCAUAUUUGUUUUGUUUACUGUUGUGACAAUAGCAAGAGAUACCGAAUGUUAUACAUGGCCAAGGAGGAAUACAUACAUGACAAGAUGGGAUAAAGUGAAUUUGGAUGAAAUUCUCCAGAAUAAGAGACUCCUUCACCAUUACUUCAGAUGUCUCAUGGGAAAGGGACCUUGUCCACCUGAUGGACAGGAGCUCAAAAGAGUUCUACCGGAAGCAUUGGAAACAGCUUGUGCUAAAUGCUCAAAGAGCCAGAAAGAAGGUGCAAUAUAUGUAAUAAAAUAUUUGAGGGAAUAUAUGCCGAAGAAACUCGAGAUACUUGCGAAUAAAUACGACCCAGAUGGAAAAUAUCGUCGACGUUACUAUCAUUCCGCAUCCGUGGAUAACAAUACCACGUGAUAUUUGCAUCAAGACUUUCUUUUUCGUAUUGUGUAUUCCGUCGUUGUCGCUUCUUCAUUCCUUCUGUUUAUUAUGAUUUCACAUUCGGUACUUUUAUUUUUCCCUAUUUUUAUAGUUAUUUGUUGAGUUUUGUAUUUUUAUUAUUUAAUUAUUUAAUACACAGUUUUAUAAUUCAAUUUUACCCACGAGUUUUCAGUUAUUUAUCUCAAUAUUCAUUAUCGUAUAUUAUUUCUUAUUUAUGGAAUCUGAUUACAAGUUCCAUCGAGUCAUUGGUUAAUGUACGAUGAGAGAAAUUCUCUCGGAUAAGUAAAAAGUAAGACUAGUUUUUAAAAUAAAAUUUAUGGGGAAUCGAUUUGAAAAUUUCGUAUUAUCACGAGAAAAAUUCACUGAGGAAUUUUCUUAAUUAUUCAUAAAUUCCCAGAGACCUGUGAACAAUAAUUGUAAUUGAAAAUGACUUAUUAAAUUAGGGAGUUAUUGCUGAUACUUUCCCAUUCUUUACGUGUUUUGCAAAUUUCUGGAAAACCAUGGAUCAGAUCGACAGAUGUGGUUUAUCAUUAUUCAAUGACUCAUUAUUUUUCAUGAUCGUACGUCCAUUUUUCUAAAUUUUAGUCAAGUUUUGUUAGUUUUUGCAAAAGUUUAACAAGAAAGUACAGGAAAAUUCUUUCACGGCUUUAGAACAUCGUGAGACAUUGAAUAAUAAUCAAACAUGAAAAUAUUAUUAUUUAUUUUAUUAUAAUUUUUUAUAGUUAAUUGUUAGGAAUUUUUAAGGGAUCGACAUAUUUUUUCUCAUCAAUUUUAUCAACCAUUUCUCAGAAAUUUGUUAAAAUAUUGAGGGAUGAGAAAAUAUGGGCAAAAAAUUCUUAAAUAUGAAGUUAUUAAA